AUGAUCGACAAGAAACAGUUCCAUAAUGCUCAAGACGUCAGUUAUAAACUGGAGGACAAUUUCAAUGAAGCAAAAGGGUUUACAACCGGUACGGCCGCCCUCAGUACCAUCGUGCCGGACACUAUUACGUCUUGGGUGGCCAGUGCGUUUGCUGUCCACUCAACGUCUGGGCUUGGAGUAGCUGCAGAUACGGCAAAGUUAGAGGCAUUCCGCCCGUUCUUUGUUUCUCUGAACUUGCCAUAUUCAGUAGUACGUGGAGAAGAGCUCAUCUUGCAAGCGGUGGUAUUUAACUACAUGGACCAAGACAUGAACGUUCUUGUGACACUGGAAAAGUCUAACGAAUUCAAGAAUAUUGUGCUGGACAAAAUGGGUAAAGCUACAACAGUGUCUGAGACACAGACGGAGACAGUCAUGGUCCAAGCUGGGAAAGGAUCGUCCGUUUAUUUCCCCAUAAUUCCAUCUGCUCUGGGAAAGAUCGACAUUCUCGUAAAGGCACAGUCACCAGUUGCAGCUGAUGGUGUGCAGAGACAGUUGCUUGUUGAGGCCGAGGGUGUUCCUCAAGAGUACAACCAGGCUGCGAUGAUCGAUUUAACCAGCAAGUCAACGUUUAGCAAGACGUUCCAAAUUGAGCUUCCAUCCAACCUCGUGCAAGGGACUACUCAGAUACAGGCAUCUGUCAUAGGUGAUUUAAUGGGACCAGCCAUGGCGGACAUCGACAGCUUGUUGAAGAUACCAUACGGCUGCGGUGAACAGAAUAUGCUCCACUUUGCUCCCGAUGUUUUCAUUUCAAAAUAUCUUACUGAAACAAACCAGUUUGUCGGUGAGAUAGAGAGCAAAGCCAUUUCAUACAUGGAGAAAGGCUACCAGAAGGAACUUACUUACCAACACUAUGAUGGUUCUUUUAGUGCGUUUGGGAACAGUGAUUCUUCUGGCAGCAUGUGGCUGACCGCAUUUGUUGUAAAAUCUUUCCACCAAGCACGUGGCCUCAUCUUUAUCGAUGACGAGCUUCUUACCAAAGCUAUCAACUGGAUGAUUAGAAAGCAGAAUAUAGAUGGGUCCUUCCCAGAACCUGGCCGUGUACUCCAUAAGGCAAUGCAGGGUGGUUCAUCGUCAGGCGUGUCUCUGACUGCAUAUGUUGUGAUCGCUCUUCUGGAAAAUAAGGACCUGCCUAAUUCUCAUGGAAUCACCUCCGCCACUGCAAGCGCCGUAAGCUACCUUGAGAACCAAGUGACGUCCAUGUCGGAGCCUUACGGUCUGUCCAUUGUCACCUAUGCCCUGCAGCUGGCCAACAGUAAGAAGGCGGACGACGCUUUCAAGAAACUAGAUGCCUUGGCAACACUGGAAGGUGGCUCCAAAUACUGGAAGCAGCCCGAAGUCGCCAAGCCGGCGGGGCGCUAUAGGAACACCUACGAGAGACAGCCCAAAGCUAACAAUGUGGAGAUGAGUGCGUACGCUCUCCUUAUCUAUGCCGAGAGGAAGGACCUAGCAGGAGGAUUGCCCGUGCUGAAAUGGCUGAUCUCCCAGCGCAAUGCGCACGGAGGGUUUGCCUCAACUCAGGACACGGUGAUGGCGAUGCAGGCGCUGUCCAUGUUUGCUGCUAAGAUCUACACUGGCUCGGGUCAGAACAUGCAAGUGACCGUGGCCAGCGAGGGCUCUACCAGAACACUGAGCGUUGACAAGACGAAUGCCAUCAUCCUACAAACCUUACCGCUCCCAAGCAGUACCAAACAGGUGGCCGUAUCGGCAACAGGAAGCGGAAUGGCUCUUUUCCAGGUUUCCGUGUCGUAUAACAUAGAUAAGGUGGAGCAAGAGCCGUCCUUUGCUGUGGAAGUCUCCCUGUUGAAGGAGAGCCAGAAUAGCCUUACGGUCAAAGUGUGUUCGAGGUGGCUGGAGAACAGUCCAGCAAGUGGCAUGGCGGUGAAAGAGAUUGGAAUACCUAGUGGAUUUGAGGCUGAUCUGGAGAGCAUUUCACAGCUUUCUACACUGAAGAAGACGGAGAAUGCCUUCAGGAAGAUAGUGGUUUAUCUUGACGAGAUUAGCGCCCAGUCAACUUGCAUCACCUUCAAUGCACAGCGUGUUGCUCAGGUGGCCAAAGCCCAGCCCGUAGCUGUCAGGGUUUACGAUUACUAUUCCCCAGAUAACCAGAUCACCGUCUUCUACCAGUCGAAGGUUUUGACCGACACCACGAUCUGUGACGUCUGUGGCCAGAACUGUGAAAUCUGCAAGAAGGGCAAGUAGCAGAGAGGAAAAGGAAGCCCCUCGACGGUGACAUUGUCUGACAGUGUCGAACUGUGGUACAUUCACUGACUGUGUCUUUAUUCAGAAUGUUAUUCUUUAGAAAUUAGGAUUUUAAAUGAACAUUCAAUAGUUUUAAUACUUUUAAUCAGAGAGAUCUUGAUUAAGUGCAUAAGUGGACAUAAAUAGGUGUGUUUUUUUUUUUCGAUCAACAGUCCAAUUUCAUAAAAUGUUGCAUCAGCAUGGUUAAAAAGUUCAAUAAAGAAAUACACUUGCAAUUUUA